GGGCUUUAUCUCAUCGUUACCCUCUCACCCUCAUACUUACAUCUCACUAAAAACUUCCACUCUCUAAAAUUUGGACUUAUUUUUGUAGUAUGUCAUUAUUUCUUGAAUUUAACAAAAACAAUAAUCAGAAAAAUGAAGCAAUAUAUCACCUAGAGGGCUGGUUUUAGCCUUAUUGAUCUCUCUUUCCCUCUCUCUUUCUCUCUCCACUAUUUCUCUCACUAACUCCACUUUCUUUACUUCUCUCUCUUUUCACUCCAAAAAAUGAAAGUUGUCUGUUGGGUUGAAGCCAAAGGAGGAAGAACCCAUCAACUAAGACUCUCUUACAGCUUCUGUUUAGUGCUAAUGCCAUGAAAGUGGGUCUCAAAAUACACACAUAACCUCUCUUUUAUUUUCUUGCUAGCUAUCUAGCUUUUCUUUUCCAGAUUUGGGAUUUCUUUGUCUUUUUAGAUCAAUACAUAGAUCUUUGUAAACCGCCCCCCUAAAAAAAAAAAAUUAUUUCUUCUUAUAGAUGACAAAACUAAGAUCCAAAGAGGGUUUAAUAUUUAUUGUUUUUUUAGUUAAAUUUUAGAAUUAAGGUACAAAAAAAAAGAAUGAUAAAGCAGCAACAAGUGUUUAUAGAAGAGAAUAUGUCAAAUUUGACUUCAGCUGUUUCUGGAGAAGCAAGUGUUUCUUCUGGUAAUACUAGAGCUGAACCUAAUACUUCUCUUUACAAUCAUCAUCAUGACCAGUUUAAUUUUCCUUCUCAAUCUGAUGAUCAGCCUCCUGCUAAGAAGAAAAGAAACCUACCAGGAAAUCCAGACCCAGAUGCAGAAGUGAUAGCAUUAUCACCAAAAUCACUGUUAGCUACAAACAGAUUUGUAUGUGAGAUCUGCAACAAAGGAUUUCAAAGAGACCAGAAUUUGCAGCUUCAUAGAAGAGGGCAUAAUCUUCCAUGGAAGUUAAAGCAGAGAACAAACAAAGAGGUGAAAAAGAAAGUGUAUGUGUGUCCAGAACCAAGCUGUGUGCACCAUGAUCCUUCAAGGGCAUUGGGUGACUUAACAGGAAUUAAGAAGCAUUUUUGCAGAAAACAUGGUGAAAAGAAAUGGAAAUGUGAUAAAUGUUCCAAGAGAUAUGCUGUUCAAUCUGAUUGGAAGGCUCAUUCUAAGGUCUGUGGAACUAGAGAAUAUAGAUGUGAUUGUGGCACCCUUUUCUCCAGAAGAGAUAGUUUCAUAACACACAGAGCAUUUUGUGAUGCAUUAGCAGAGGAAACUGCAAGAGCAAUAACUACAAAUGCACUUCUAUCAAACCCAAUAGCAGUAGCUGCUGGGCCUUCAACUUCCCACUUCAUCAAUCUUCAACAACAGCAAAAUGAUCCUCUACAUGCAUUCCCACUGAAAAGAGAGCAACACCCGCAGCAAAACAUGAUGAAUCUCCCUCCAUGGUUAGCUUGUUCACCAAUGGAUAAUCCUCAGCUUCCUUCUCCUUCAUCAUCAUCAUCUAUCUUCCACCCUCAAGAUCAGAUGAUGCAACAACAAAAUCAAAUUCAAAACCCUAGUAAUAAUAACAUGGGCCCCACAUUUUCAUCAGGAGGAAUAGGGGGACUAGGUGGACCUUACCACACACAAUCAGUAGCAUCUGCAGCUCACAUGUCAGCAACUGCAUUGUUGCAAAAGGCAGCUCAAAUGGGAGCUACCAUGAGCAAUAAUACUGCAACUCCUCAACCCCACCACCAACACCAGCAACAGCACCAAAGUCACGUGUCUGACACAAAUUCAAAUACAACAACUACAGCUGGUUUAUUUGGACUUAACUUAUCCUCACGUGACCAUCAUCAACAACAACAGGAUCAGAUCAUGCCAACUAGUAUCAACCAUGUUUCUGGGCCUGAUCACCACCUUCCAGGCCCAAACCCAGGCCCACAACCAUCUUCCUCUUUUAUUCAUGACAUAAUGAUCAAUUCAAUGUCCUCUUCUUAUGAUCAUCAUCAUCAUCCUGAGGAUGCAUUUGGGAUAGGGAGUAUGGGAGCAAUGAUGGGUAAGAAGGAUUCUUCUACCUUAAACAAUGGAAAUCAAGGAGGAGGAGGAGGGAAUGAUGGAAUGACAAGGGAUUUUUUGGGACUAAGACCACUUUCUCAUAGUGAGAUACUCACCAUUGCAGGACUUGGAAAUUGUAUGAACUCAAAUAGUACAACUUCUCAUCAUCAACAAGACAAUGGUCAUAAAUCUUGGCAAGGUUAGUUAGCUUAGCUUAGCUAGCUAGCUAGUAAGUAAGUAAGUUUACAACUACAUCAUUUCUCUUUCUCUCAUCUCUCUUGUUGUUAAUUAUUACUCACAAGGGAAAGGGCUCAUUUGAUUAUACACACUCUUACUAUGCCCUUUUUUCCCCUUUUGUUUUAGUAUAAUGUUAAUCAUCCAUUCUUAUAUAUAUUUGUAACCCUUCUUGGUACAUUUUCCACUCCAAUACAUAUAGUUUCAUAUAAUAA